CACAACACACCGGGCAAGACGGGCCCGACACAGGCGUACCGGGGAGGAUAGGCCCCGGAAGUGGCUACUUCUGUGACCGGACAGCCACCGGCUAAUGAUAUGGAGCACCGCAUCAUCGGACCAGGCCCUUAUCGGGCUACAAAGUUGUGGAAUGAAACGAUUGAACUUUUUCGCGCUGGAAUGCCACAGAAGAGGCAUCGCAUUCAUUUUAAAACCUAUGAUAAAUGCUUUACAGCAACAGAAGCUGUAGACUUUUUACACGAGCUGCUUCAGUGUAAUCAAAACUUUGGACCAGACGUAACCCGUAACCAAACUAUUCAACUACUAAAAAAGUUUCUUAAGAACCAUGUUAUUGAGGAUGUAAAAGGAAGAUAUGGCAAAGAAAUCUUUGAAGAUAAUGGAUAUUUGUACAGGUUUCCACCAACAUCACCAUUGAAGCCAUAUCCAAAACGACCUCCAUAUCGUGUUGAGCCUAUUAAAUUUCCGCAAUGGACUGAUGAGCAACCUGGGGUUUCCCAAGACUACAUUCCUAUAAAACCUGUUGUUAUGAAUUCUGAUGCCUGGUACAAACGUCACAGCAUUGCAAUAGGGGAGGUACGUGCCUGUCGGCUGGUUCACCGCAGAGAACUGAGUGCAGCUAAUAUUGAAGAGAUCUGGAAAUCAAGAACUCUCUUACAUUUGCAGAAAAUUAUAGGGCUUGAUUCUGUGGGUGAUGUAAUAGACACAAAGCAGGUGAAUGGAAAAUCUAUAAUACAUAAUGUCUGCACUGUCAAUAUACAAGGAAUCGUCGUGCUGGAGGAUAAAUCAAAGGAGCUUCCCCACUGGUUGUUAUCUGCCAUGAAGUGUUUAGCAAAUUGGCCAAAUUGUUCAGACUCAAAGCAACCAAUGUACUUUGGUUUUGAGAGAGACGUCUUUAAGACCAUCGCUGAUCACCACAGUUACCUGCAGGAGCCACUCUUAACAUUCCAUCUUUUUGAUAUUUUUGUGAAUAUUCUUGGUCUCCUACAGAAAAGACUGGUAGCCAUCGAAGCACUUCAGGUUUGCUGUCUACUUCUGCCUCCAGAAAAUCGUAGGAAGCUGCAGCUCUUAAUGAGAAUGAUGGCAAAGAUAAGUCAUAACAAAGAAAUGCCAUUGCUGUGUGAUACGACUGGGAACAGAGCCUUGAUGGUGCAGACAUUUUCUCGCUGUAUUCUUCGUUCAAAGGAUGACGUUGAUCUGGAUGAGCUUUUGUCCACAAAACUAGUGACCUUCAUAAUGGACAAUUAUCAAGAAAUAUUGACUGUUCCUUUAUCUUUAAAAAAUUCAGUGGAAGAGUUUGUGGCACAUCAACGAAGAGUCAAAAUAAAAUAUCCAGGAGCUGACAUGGAUACCACAUUUCAACCUACGUUCAUCCAGCCUCAGAUAACCCCGCAUGAAUAUGAAUAUCAAAAGGCAAACCGGCUUCAAGAUCCACUGAAAGCCUUACUCGAGGAAAUCAUCACCAGCAAGCAGUUAUCUGCAAAGGAAAAGAAGAAAAGAUUAAAACAGUUUCAGAAAUCCCAUCCUGAAAUAUAUAAGGAAAGGCUUCCUACCCCUGAAAGUGAAGCGGCACUAUUUCCAGAGAAACUGAGCUUGAAAUCUCAACUAUCAUUUUUUACAUUUAAAAAACCUUUCCAAUCAUUUCAAAGGACUCGGAGCUUUCGAAUGUAACUUGUUGUUUUUUUUGUUUUUUUCCUCAGUGGACAAUACUGGAAAAUGAUCUUAAACACAAGAAAUACACUAGAGUUUACUUGAUCAGUAUUUUUGUGAGUGUUUACUCACUUCUUAACUGACUGAAAUAGGUCAAUUAUUUCUACACUUGAUUUUUGUGAAUUUCAUUUCAAAGUACAAUACAUUGCAAUGUUGUAUUCUGUACUGUAGUUUUGUGUAUGGAUAUGUGUAUAUAAAAAUAACUUGAAAUUGUUCGAACAAAUUUCAAAAUGUACUUGGAAUUGCUGUAAAAUAAACUGGGUUAUGUUUUUUGUGGUACAUUUUGGAACACACAUUUGUUUAAGAUGAAUUGUUUGUUUUUAGGAUCCAUAAAACUGUUAAUGAAUUAUGUGCCUUCUACUUGAAUAAUUUGUAUGUAUCUCAUUGUGUAGAAACUGGAUAUUUUUUAGAUCUAAUAAUAAGCAUGUUUAAUUUUAAUCUUUGUUGCUUUUGUCCUAUAUAGGAGGUAUCCUCUUGUAUAAAUACGCUUGUUUCUAGGCUAUAAAUUGGCCUCGUUUUUUUAAUUGAUGUUCUCUUUUCUAUUUCAUAGCGAAUGCUAGAUGGGUUUGCACAAACUUUCUUUUAAUCAGUUACACUGCUGCUGUUUUCUGUUAGGAAUUUUUAGCACCAGAAACAAAUUAAACAGUUUAUAUUUAUGUUUGUAUAAAACCAAGAAAGAAAAUGAACCCUUAAAAGGUAUUUAUAUAUUUGUUUACAUUAUUUGGUUUAUAUCAUGUUUGACAGUUUUUUUAUUGCAUUUGGUUUGUGCUGUUUAUCAGCUUUUUAUGUUUUUGUUUCUUUGUCUUUGUACAUAGCUACAUCCUAUAAUAAAUGAUCAGAUGAAAUAUAA